ACUACCUACCUACUCAUAGCUUUUCAAACGUGCGGAGAGUACAUAUCGAUUCAAGCGUCAUAAAGCAACCGUCACUUUUGCACAAGCGUUUUAUCAGUUACGUUUUAUUUGUAUAAAAUAAUCAUUUAUAUAUUACAAUCAACAUGGAAACCACUAUUGUGCACUUGGAACAAAGUGUUAAACAAGUUGUUGGAAAAUUGGAUAUGAUCGCGUGGAAAAUUGACACUUUUGAGAAGCAAUUUGAAAACUCAGAUAGAGAGAUCUCUGCGCUUCGUCUCUUAAGGUCAGUUCAUCAAGUUACAAAAGAUUAUGAGAAUCUUCAUCGAGAAAUAUUGGAGCUACAACAAUUACAAAAACAACUUUCAGUUUCACUUAAAACACAGUUGUCCCAAGUUGUUUGGCAUUUUAAUUUGCUACGUAACAAGAUUGUGGAGCAACACGAAAAUCCAAAGUUAAAAUAAGAUUAGAAUACUUAGCAAAUCUUUGUCUUAUUUUAUUAACUAUUUUAUACUGUAAUAUAUUUUCAUAAACUGCCUUUAAAUUCUUUAAAAAUUAA